AUGUCGCUAGCCAUACUCAGGCUCGCCCCCCUUAUUGCGCUGCUCAGCGGCCCUGGCCCCGCGCUCGUGUCUGCUGCGACGUACAACGCUGUGAAGGAAUACUCUGGGUCUACGUUCUUCAACGACUGGACCUUUUAUAACAACUAUGAUAACUUGACAAACGGAGAUGCGAUCUUCGUGUCCGCUUCUGAAGGCGCCUCUGACCAGCUGGCCUAUGUCGACUCGAGCACUUUGCAUGCCAUCAUCAAAGUAGAUAACACCACCACCGUCCCCUACAACCAGAAACGCAACACGGUGCGCAUCACGUCCAACGACAGUUUUGCGAUUGGCAGUGUGUGGGUCGCUGAUAUGUAUCACGUUCCUGCUCGGUCUGGCCCGCUUGGUGGAGGUAAGCCAGUCCGUAUAUUGCAUACGACGUUGGAGCUUGUGGUGAUGCGGUUGUUCACACACAGUCAAGCGCCCAGCUGGCCUGCGGGUGGUGAGAUUGACACGUUCGAAGGUGUGAAUAUGAUGACUAUGAACCAGAUGUCGCUGCACACCGAGACGGGCUGCAUGGUUGAGAACCAGAACCAAACGUCCACACUGAUCCAAAGCACGAACUGCUCUGCGUCUGCGAAUGGCAACCAGGGAUGCAUCGUGCAAGACCCCUCUGGGAGCUCGUACGGCGCAGGGUUUGCAGGAGUGGGUGGGGGCGCGUUCGUGACUGAGAUGGCAGAGAGUGGGAUCAACAUCUGGUUCUUCCCGCGGUCGCAGAUUCCGUCGUCGCUGACGUCGAAUGCGAGCACCAUUGAUACGUCGACGUUUGGGACGGCUGUGGGGAACUGGCCUAGUGGAGGAUGCAACACCACGGAGUUCUUCCAGCCUCAGCAGUUGAUAUUUGAUAUUACGCUUUGCGGAGACUGGGCUGGCAGUCCGGCGACGUUCAACGCGACGUGCACGGGUGUAUGCUACAACGACUACGUGAUUGGCCCUGCGUCGAACUACAACGAGGCGUACUUUGAGAUUGGGUACGUGAGAGUGUUUGGCACGGAGGGAGCGGACACGGUUAUCUCGCCGUCUGGGUCGAGUGGGGUUGGAAGUGGGGGUGUUCCGGGGUCUACGGGGUCGCCGACGACGGGUGCGGCGGUGGGGAGGGGAGAAGGGUGGGGAUUGGUUGCGGUGGUGGCUGCGGUGGUGGUGGGGCUGGCUGUGGGGUUGGCUGUGUAG